CCGACUCGCGGCCCCGAGGUCUCCCUCACCAUGGCUACAGUGGACCUCUUGCAGACACCUGAGGGGGACAGUGAUGGAGGACUCUGCAGGAAUUAAGACUGUUGGAAGAGGCACUGCGUAGGCAGUUUGAUGAGUACCAAUCUGCAGAUCCUCAGGGAAAAAAAAAUAACGAAAGCUUUCCUGUACCAUGUUCACGUGCACAGCUGCCUUCUGCUCUGAAAUGUCCACAUGGUUUACUCACUGGUAGGAAACAGUUACCCAUACCAUCUGUGAAAUUUUCAACCUCUAUGAUCUCUGCUGGUAAAAAUUUCUGCCAGUGGUGAUUCACAAAGCACGUAUGUGUGGCUCAGCUGAAGAUACUACUUCAUGUUUUCUAUCAAGUUGCUCCUCUUCCAUGAAACUUUGUGAUGAACUGUAAGUGAUUGUGAAUGUUUCUUGGGGCUUGUGGCAGCAGAAGUAAGUCUCUGACAUCAUAUGCCUAUAUAAAGUUCCAGAGAGAUUGGUGAUGCCCCCUACGGAGCAAGGGGAAAAUGUCAGCAUUUACAGAUAAAGCAGAAAGGGCAAUGCCUUUUGUAACAUCAGCCACACCCAUGACACGCCCAAUCAAGGAAGGUAUAAAUGAGAAGCUCAGCUCAGCUCUCAGUCAAGUUCCUUCCUGGCAAGAUGAAGUCCACUAUCUUCUUCAUCCUUUCCCUGCUCCUCAUGUUGGAGAACCAAGCGGCUGGGAGGAGACUGAGUGGUUCUGCUGGAGCACAAGACCCUGUGAUUAGUCGUGUUUGGGCCAAGUCACAAGAUAUGGAAGAAGCAGUUUCAGGAAGUGGUCUAACCGCUGAGGGAGGUCGUGGUUCAGACAGAGAAGAGUCCGUGGGAGAACGUGUUUCACUGAGACAAGAAGAAUUUGAGAAAGGACACAUUCGGAGCAGUGUAGAAGAGCCUGAGGGAGAACACGUUUCUGUCAGACGUGAACAUCUUGAGAAGAGUCACAUCCGGCACAAUGUCGAAGAGCCCGAGGGAGAACGUGUUUCAGUCAGACGUGAACAUCUUGAGAAAAGCCACAUUCGGCACAGUGCUGAAGAGCCCGAGGGAGAACGGGUUUCAGUUAGACACGAACGGGUUGAGAAAACUCACAAGCGGUUCCAUGAUGAUUCUGUGGAAGAGUCAGACUCAGCUUCAAGUGUUGAUCAUCGGAAGAAGGGACACAUUCGUUUCAAACGACAAGAUCCCAUAGCAGCACUAGCUGCCAUUGAAGGUCAGGAUGCUGUGAAAGACAGCCUUUGGGUGAAAGGACAGGCUUCCUCAGAAGAGCGAUUUUCAGUGAAGGGUCAAGAUUUGGUGAAAGGUCACCUGCAGAUGAAAGGACAGAGUUCCCUCGCAGAACGAUUUUCCGUUACAGGCCAAGACUCUGUGAAAGGUCGCCUGCAGAUGAAGGGACAAGACACCCUGGCAGAACGAUUCUCAAUGACAGGCCAAGACUCUGUGAAAAGUCGCCUGCAGAUGAAGGGACAAGAUUCCCUCUCAGAAAGAUUCUCAAUGACAGGUCAAGACUCUGUGAAAGGUCGCCUGCAGAUGAAAGGACAGAGUUCCCUCGCAGAACGAUUUUCCGUUACAGGUCAAGACUCUGUGAAAGGUCGCCUGCAGAUGAAAGGAAAAGAUACCCUGGCAGAACGAUUCUCAGUUACAGGUCAAGACUCAGUGAAAGGUCGCCUGCAGAUGAAGGGACACGAUCUCCUGGAAGAACGAUUUUCUGUGUCAGGUCAAGAUUCUGUGAAGGGCCUUGCUCGGAUCAAGGGACAAGAGUCCGUUCAAUCAGGAUUCUCAGUUAAAGGUCAAGGAUCUCUGAAGGGUCUCAUUUGAACCCCAAAUGAGGUGGAUCUUGUCCUGAUUGCACCAGUCCUGGGCCCAGGCCUUCAGGUUCCUCUCUGGUUCACCGAUUGGUAUCACUAUCCUCUCCCAUACUGCCCCUCCUUCCACCCAUUCUGAACACCCAAGCCUGGGCCUGCCUUUUGUCUUUCACUUUUCAAUAAAGAGACCCCCUUCUGCUCC